AGUCAGAACUGCGUCUCUCAACUCAGGCGCCGGUUGCUGAAGGGGACCGGGCGAGCAAUGCUGCCGCCACCGCUUCCUGAUUGGCUGCGGGUGGCUCCCUCUUCGUUCUGAUUGGCAGCUGCUGAGCUGGAUGAUGCUGAGCAAGGGCCUGAAGCGAAAGCGGGAGGAGGAGGAGGAGGGGAAAGAAGCCCUGGCAGUUGACACCUGGUGGCUGGAUCCUGGCCAUCCAGCAGUGGCACAGGCACCCCCAGCCGUGGCCUCCAGUUCCCUCUUUGACCUUUCGGUGCUCAAGCUCCACCACAGCCUGCGGCAGAGUGAACCGGACCUGCGGCACCUGGUGCUGGUAGUGAACACACUGCGGCGAAUUCAGGCGUCCAUGGCACCCACAGCUGCCCUGCCACCUGUGCCCAGCCCGCCUACAGCCCCAGGCAUAGCUGACAGCCUGCUGGCCAGCUCUGAUGCCGCCCUCUCAGCCUCCAUGGCCAGCCUUCUGGAGGACCUCAGCCAUAUUGAGGGCCUGAGCCAGGCUCCCCAGCCCCUGGUAGAUGAGGGGCCACCAGGCCGCCCCAUUGGGGGAGCCCCACCCAGCUUGGGUGCCUUGGACCUGCUUGGCCCAGCCACUGGAUGUCUGCUGGAUGAUGGGCUUGAGGGCCUGUUUGAGGACAUUGACACAUCCAUGUAUGACAGUGAACUUUGGGCACCAGCCUCUGAGGGCCACAAAUCCAGCCCUGAGGAUGGGCCAGGCAAGGAGGAAGCUCCAGAGCUGGAUGAGGCCGAACUGGACUACCUCAUGGACGUGCUGGUGGGCACACAGGCACUGGAGCGGCCACCAGGGCCAGGGCGCUGACUCCCCCAGAGCUGGGAUGUUGAUCUGGUGUCCAAACUGAGCCUGGUGGCUGGACCAACUCUCCUUUGAAAGACACAGCUGGCUUCCCUAGAGAGGGGCUUUGGAGAGAAAGAAUCCAGUCCUGGGCAACUUCACCUCCGUCCUCUGGUCUGGCUGAUCGGGGGAGUCUGGAAUUGGCCCUUGUGAUGAAAUGACAGGGCCUGGUGGCUGGAAUGUGAUUGGACCAGGCCCAGUGCUGAAUCCCUGGAGGCACAGCUUGGUAUACUCUUUCCCUGAUGUGGGAAAAGACCCCAACCAGUUUUUUUGAAAUUAAAGCCAGUUGUGGGAAGUCUCAA